UCGGACCGGCGGCUGUGUUUCAGCGGGCGCGGCGCGCGGCGUGUCGGUGCCGCUGCUGGGGUCGCGCGCCACAUAUAUGCGUGCGAGGAGCGCGCGCCGGCAGUGCGGCGUGCGACCCCGACCAGACAUGACGCCCUUGCGGACGCUCGCCCUCCUACUCUGCGUGUACGCUGCGCACGCGCUGCCAUGUUUAUCGUGCGACGCGGAGGCGCCGUCGUGUCUGUCGUGCAAGGCGGACGCGCCGCUCGCGCACAUCGACUCCGGCUGGCUGUACGGCGCGCGCCGCGUCGCUGACAACGGCGUCGCCUACGCCAGUUUCCGAGGAGUGCCCUACGCUAAACAGCCCAUUGGAGAACUUCGGUUCAGAGAACUAAAACCAGCAGAACCUUGGGAUUGUUUGGACGCAAGAAACGAGGGUCCAAUCUGCUUCCAAACGGACGUAUUGUACGGGAAACUUAUGCAGCCUCAGGGCGAGAACAACCCGAGCUCUGUUGACAAGCCUCAGUGCAGAGGCCAGGAGGCUUGCAUCCACGCCAACAUCCACGUGCCGCUGGAGAGCUUGCCGCACGUGGACCGCGACCACUGCCAGGUGGCGUUCCCCGACAAAGCCGGCUCUGGUCUGCCGAUCCUGGUGUUCGUGCACGGCGGCGGCUUCGCCUUCGGUUCAGGCGAUGCCGACGUGUACGGCCCCGAGUAUCUCGUCAGCAAGAAAGUUAUCGUGAUCACGUUUAACUACAGACUGAACGUGUUUGGAUUCUUGUCUCUGAAUACACCAGAGAUCCCCGGCAACGCCGGUCUGCGGGACAUGGUGACGCUGCUGCGCUGGGUGAAGCGGAACGCGAGAGCCUUCGGCGGAGACCCCGACAACGUGACCAUCGCGGGCCAGAGCGCAGGCGCCGUCGCAGCGCAUAUGUUGGCACUGUCGAAAGCUACCAAAGGGUUAUUCAAACGGGCCCUACUGAUGAGCGGCACUGCUACGUCUGGCUUUUUCACUCCCUCGCCGUUGUUUGCACACCUGAUGUCUAAUAAUCUGUUGAUGUGGAUGGGCAUCAACUCCACCGACUCCGAAGAAAUCCAUCGCCAGCUCAUCGAGCUGCCCCCCGAGAAGCUGUGCGAGGUCAACAGCGGCCUGCUCGAACACAUCGGACUCACCACAUUCACACCUGUAGUGGAGUCGCCGAUACCUGGCGUCGAGACCAUAGUGGACGACUACCCAGACGUACUGAUAGCUAACGGACGAAACAAAGACAUUCCACUAAUGGUAGGAUAUACCAGCGAUGAAUGCGAGACUUUCCGCCAUCGACUGGAAAGUAUCGACUUGGUCGAGAGAAUAAAGCAGAAUAUAACGGUCAUAGUGCCACCUAAAACUCUGUUUACGACACCUCAAGAGUUAGUCUUGGACGUGGCUAAGAAAAUAGACAGAGCCUACUACAACGGUACAAAAAGUCUAGACAGUUUCAUUGCGUCAUGUACGGAAGGGUUCUAUGAGUAUGCUGCGCUUAAGUUGUCAGAGGAGCGCGCGCGGGUGGGCGGCGCUCCCGUGUACUUGUACCAGUUCUCAUAUGAAAGCCCGAGCAGCGCCAUCAAGCAGGAGAUGGGUGCCAGCUACAGGGGAGUGGGUCACAUCGAGGACCUCACGUAUGUGUUCAAAGUGAACUCAGUAGUGGGCACGCCGGGGUCGAUACCACCCACACCUACCGAUGUCCAGAUGAAGAACUUGAUGAGAGACUUCGUCGUGAACUUCAUGACUUGCAGCCAACCGAUCUGCGAUGACGUGCACUUGCAGUGGCCAGCCUUUAAAGGAAGCCAAUACCAGGACAUAGAAUCGCCCACGGCUUACCAGAGCAAACAGAUCUCCCCGAGACAGCGGGAGAUCAUCAAGUUUUACGACAGCUUGAGCGUGAUAUAGAACGUGAAGGAACGGCGGUGGAUGUAAAAUAUUCGACAGUGGCAGACUUAUGGGAACAGUGGCAAGAGACCCGAGGGUAAUGGUUUCGGUUGUAAGUUUGAUUCUGAUCUCGAGAGCACAGACAGUACGUGGGAUGUGGCUGCGUUUGACACUUUUACUUAAGUUUUUUGUCAUAAUUUAUUUUGUAAGUUUCGUUUGUCCAACUCUAGUCCAUGAUUAAUGUAAAUACUUGCCCUUUUUGGUUCUGUUUUUUUUAGAAUCUGUCUUGGACUAAAUGUUUGUAUAUUUAUGAUUUAUAUGCAAUAGUGUGUUGUGUAUCGAUACGAAAGUAUGUUGAUGUCAUAUGAAAAAUAGCAAUACAUGUUGGCACGAUUUUGGACAUGCUAAAAAGGAUCUUAACAAAAAUGUUUUAGAAUUUGAAUGAGAUGUCUAUUUCGUAUAUUUAGAGAUCUACUUUUAGCAACACGUGUGUUUAUGAGAUUUGUGAGUUGCCCGCACUUUAUAGCGAAUAUUUUGUGAGAAACUAUGGGACAAGGUUUUGAGCUAGUUUUAGUUAAAGAUAAAUGCGACAUUUUUAACAUAAUUUAAUUGUCUUAUGCUUAACUUGGUCUUGUAAUAAGUUAAACCCAGAACAAUACUAGAAGCUCUACAAAAUUAAAGUCCGCCCACUGUUUACUUUUAAGUUAUUUUUAAGUAAUGUUAGUUUGUAUGGAAUUGUCAAGUUUAUGCGGCACAGAGUUAUUUUGGCAAAAAAUAAAACUUAGAUAGGAUCAUUCAUACUUAAACGAUACAACGGCUAUCUCAUGCAUAUCGCGAUCGCGAGCCUAGUCUUGGACCAAACCGGAGUCCUUACAUGAUUAAGGACUCCGGUUUGGUCCAAGACUAGGCUAGGUGACGCUACGGCGUAGUUCAAAUUCGACCGACCUCGUCUCAUGAUUCAAACAUAUUCUUGAGUAAACAGUCAUUUCUUUUAACUAUGAAUAAUCCUUACGAAACAAACUUCAAAUCGUUUCUAUAAUAGCUUUACAGUAUGCUUUGUAUACGUUUUUAAUUCACAUACAGACAGAGACCAUUUAGUGAAUGUUGGAGUAAAUUUGUGACUUCACACUGAGUAAUGAGACACUUGGUUUUACUUGUUCGUAUCAUAGUGUAUCUUAUAAGACAUGUGCCGUGUAAGCCAGGAAUUCUAGAUGCGUAAUUAAGCGACUGAUGUAACGUAUUAUUAUUUGAGUAUAAAUAGUUAAGUUCAUUGCGUUUGUAAAUAUUCCACUUUCUAAUGUCAUUUUUACAUUCCCGCACAAUGACGGAGGCGAGUACAAUGCGAGCCGCGAUCGCGUGGCUUUAUAUUGAAUGUUUUAAAUAAAAUUAUUGCGAACGGA